AUGUCAUCUACAUUUGUAUUCACAUGGCUUGUGCUACUCUAUGUGAGUCUCAGUGCUUUUGGUUUGGCCCAAGAAUAUCCAACUGCCAAUAUGGAAAGGAAUCAUAAGAAACGUCAAAUUUAUCGUGAGCAAGUCUUACCACAUGCGGGUGGUAAGAUACCAGAGACAGCCUUUGAAACGGAUCGUCUUUUUCUGAAUCGAUUGCAAAAAGAGGGCAUUGCCGUGCCGGAUGGCAUUGUGCCGGAACAACGUAAUCCCCAGGUCUAUCAGUAUUAUAACAAACCCAUGCGCACCGUAUUCCAUAUAGCCCUCAGUUCGGAUGGACGUUUUACUCCGCGUGAGGGGCGCUAUCAUUAUCGUCAAGUGCCCACUGUUGAGACCACAUAUCUCUAUCCCCAAGCUGUGGGUCGUCAGCACAUUUUGGUGCCACCCAAGCAUGCUCUGCCAGUCUAUAGACAACUUCAAUUGCAUAAUCCCUUGCUUAACCAAGUGAAAUUUCAACCCAAGAAAAUGCCCAAUUUCUUGGACUUGGCUCCAACUGUGGGCAAAAGUCGUACUUCACCAGCUGCCGGCUCCGCCAAAUCGGCUAAAUCUUAUCAGAAUAUUAAUCUAUUGCAUGGUCCAGUGCUGCCUGCAUUCAAGAAAACCACUGGAGGCAGCAAAACUUAUGUGGAUAGCUAUGGCACCACUCAUCUUUUCAGUGAAUUUGAUGAUCUACUAAGUAAAUUGGAUUUGCCGCAAACAAAACAAAAAUUGUAUUAG